UGUUCUUUCCUUCUGUACAUAACUAACUAAAGUCUACUCAUCUUUCAAUAUCCAGCUCACAGAUUGGCAAGGGAUUAAUACCUCAUCCAUGCACUUAAUGAGUCUUUUGUAUCAUUUCAGAUCACCCCACACAAAUUACUGCCUCCUGUGGCAACUUCAUGGCCCGCAUACACAAUGUGACUGAAUUCAUUUUCCUAGGACUUUCUCCCAGCCGGGAGGCGCAGAAAGUUUGUUUUGUGCUAUUUCUGCUUUUGUACACAGCAGUUGUGCUGGGGAAUUCCCUCAUUGUGCUCACUGUCAUGACCAGCAGAAGUCUUGGUUCUCCCAUGUACUUCUUCCUCAGCUGCCUGUCCUUUGUGGAGAUCUGCUACUCCUCUACUACAGCCCCCAAACUCAUCUCAGAUUUGCUGACUGAAAGAAAAGCAAUAUCACUGUGGGGCUGCAUGACACAGCUUUUCUUUAUGCACUUCUUCGGUGGUGCUGAGAUCUUCCUGCUCACUGUGAUGGCCUAUGACCGCUAUGUGGCCAUCUGUAGGCCCCUCAACUACAGGACUAUCAUGAACAGGCAAGUGUGUGUUGUCCUGGUGGGAGUAGCAUGGGUGGGGGGCUUUGUGCAUUCCUUUGCCCAAAUCCUCCUGCUCUUCCACUUGCCCUUCUGUGGCCCCAAUGUGAUUGACCACUAUUUCUGUGACCUGCUUCCCCUGCUCAAACUUGCCUGCUCUGACACCUUCCUCGUCGGUCUGCUGAUUGUUGCCAACGGGGGGACCUUGUCUGUGAUCAGCUUUGGGAUCAUCUUAGCCUCCUAUGUGGUCAUUUUACUCCAUCUGAGGACUCGAAGCUCUGAGGGGCGGAGUAAGGCCCUCUCCACCUGUGGGUCCCAUAUCACCGUGGUUACCUUAUUCUUUGGGCCCUGCAUCUUCAUCUAUAUGAGGCCUUCCACCACCUUGUCUGGAGACAAGAUGGUGGCCGUGUUCUACACCGUCAUCACGCCGCUCCUCAACCCUGUCAUCUACUCCCUGAGAAAUGCUCAAGUGAAGAAGGCCAUGAAGAAACUGUGGAUCAGGACAACGAAGCUAGAUGAGAAAUAGAGGCUGACUCUUGGUAUUGAUCCUUGGGUUUAGAAUGAUGCUGAGUCCAAACUGAAGGGGCAGAAUGGGGUGAAGGAAAGGUCACAGCACUUGUUAUUUCUGGAGUAAUUGUAAUGGUCUCAUCUCCAAACACUGUAUUCAAAUGACCUGUGAGAUGGUUCCUCUUAUGGAUAUAUCUAUAACUUGAUUGCCCAUUUUCUGUUAGAUGUUUAGAUUGUUUCUAACUUUUUUAUUGCUAUAAAUAACACUGUAUUAAGUAUUCUUGAAUGGAAAUCUUUAUACUUCUGAAAUUCUGUUUGACUCACUUGCUAUAAUGAAUUUACUGUGUUAAAAGGGAUAAUGACCUUGAUGUAUAGUGUUAAAUUGAUUCUUAGAAAGAUUGUAGGGGCAUCUGGGUGGCUCAGUUGGCUGAGUGUCCAACUCUUGAUUUAAGCUCAGAUCAUGUUCUCACAGUUCGUGAGUCCCAGCCCUGCCUGGGGCUCUAUGCACAGUGCAGAGUCUGCUUGGGAUUCUCUCUCUCUCUCUCU